GUUAUGAGUGAAACUUGUUGGCAGACACACUUUCUGUUCUUGUGACCCACGGCUGCAAUUCAUACUUCAAAAACGACAGCAAAAUCUUAGAAAGACGAACAAUUAUGUCCUUGUGAAAUAUGAUCGACGACUUCUGUGUGUUAGUGUUUGAUGUGAAGCUAUUUAUGACAACUUUGCCCAGUGUACCGAAUGUAUACCGCCUUACAGAUGAACCAGAUGUUACACGGACGAAUCGCCGGGCCCUCCAACAUGUUUAUUCUCCCUGAGCAGCCAUAGACCCUGGCGGAUUAUAAUCCAUGCUAUUUUCGCGAGGACGGAUGCCAGAAGCUAUUAUAAAUUAGAUGCUAAAAUCAGACGAUAGAUUAUUUCAAUAACCAUCAGUGUUUUCGCACAGUGUGAACUCUAAGGGCAAACAGAGGCUGUGAGGAAGUAGUAGCCUGGAGUAGUCUAUAUUUAGACGAUCUCGUGAGCAGGAGAACUGAUACUAUAAAUAGUACUUGAAUCGUAUCCAGGGAAACAUCAUUUUCCAAGCUUCAGCAUUUUGUAUUUAUUCCGCGAUUUACUGAAUGUUUACACAUUUUGAGUAAUUUGAGUUUAGUUGUCGAAGUUUUAUUUGCUCUCGCAGAUUACGAUACAAACGUGUAUAAAACGGAAACACAUAUUGUAGCAAAACAGAAAAAAACGGCUAGAUUUGGAUAAACUUUGAAAUAGAUAUAUUCAACUGUAUACAAGUAUUUUUUAUUCAUCAUAUAUGUUGACAUCUUCUUUACUGAGUGUCUGAUGUAAGAAAAUCUAUUUAAUUAGAUGGUUCGGCAUCAACCAUUAUUUGUUAAAAAGAAAAGAAGAAGAAAACGCGUAGACAAGAACAAACAAGGAUAGGAAACACACAGCGAAUGUUUUGAAUUUUGUUUUUAGAAAAUUCUGUCUUCCGCUGAGAAACGGACAAUUCAGGUUCCGUAACUCAUUUACGGUAGAAUGAUUCUACCCGUUAAAGCUUCGUGAAGAAAAUAAUUAAGCGCCGUGACGUCACAAUGUAGUCACGCUUACAGGUGUGUGUGAAGGUGUAAAGGUAUGCUACUGGGCAGUUUCAACGGUCUAUUUCUUCUGUCUUCAAUAAUUGCGUAAACCGAUAUGUCAUACACGACUGGUCUACCGUGUUACCUGUCAAACAACUACGAGACUAUUCUAAAAAUAGACAUUAGUGGUGAAGCAUAAGUUAUCGAUUGUCACACAUGUGUGUAUGUAAAUACCAAAAGGAACUGAUUAUUUCUGCACCUCUUGAAGUAAGCGUAUGUGUGACGUGAUUAUGAUACAGUUAUAAUAAUGGCGUAGGAAUAUCACGUGAAGGAAAUUCCCGAAUUUACCCGGGAAUACCCGAGUUGUUCCGAAGAUGUCUCGACGGACAGGCAGCCCCGGCAUUAUUGCAAUAUCAAUAGCACUAAUGGUUUACCAUACCGAUGCUGCCGAUACAGUUACGCUUGGUGAACUAGUGUGCGAUUCUGAGAUUUACGAUCUGAAUGAUGGUGACUCCAUGUCAGUAAAAUGGGAUGGAACUAAACUCCCUAAUUACUGUCGCCUUGGAUUCGAGGCUCCAGACACCAGUUCGUCAACAUGUAUUAAAAUAGAAAAGUUUCGUUUGUACAAUUGUGGAUUUUAUAUUGAAAUAUAUAAAAAUGUCGACGAAUUUCCGACUAAGAGAUAUGACUGCAGUUCCAAGGAUAUAGACGAGGAGUAUUGCCUAAAUUCACAGAAGAUAACCUACCUCAAGUUUAACUACAACCAUACUGGAAUCGCCUCGUUUAGUCCGCAGGUUAAACUCUCUGUUGAAGUCAAAGCGGAUGUCGAAAUCACCUCAACUGAAGGUAUCGCUGGAGUUGCUAUUCCCGUGAUAGUGUUUCUUUUUAUUGUCGGAGGGUGUGGCGCAUUGAUAAAACACGGCAUGAAGUGUUUAUGCGAGACACUGAGGGAAUUAUGUGGAAGCAUUUGUGACUGUCUAAGUGAGUGCGUGUCUGGUAUCACAGAAGCUCUACCGAGUGGUUCGUCCAGAGCAGUACAGGAGGACACACCAAGAAACAGAACAACUGAACAUACGGAUUUAGCCAUUACGUCCCAACCUGGCGAGACUUGGUCACGUGCCAGCAGCAUGAGUUCACUUAAUUUCGACUUAUUGAUUCAAGAGGAACCGUUAAACCCGUCCCCACUUCCUUUCGAAAGCAGAUUUGACCCGCCUCCUUACGUCGGUCCGCUCCCAAGUGCGCCACCUGCCGCAUCAUUACCGGAUGCCCCACCUCCUUCCUACUAUGACGUCAUGACGAUGAAUGAUUUCAAACCUCAAGAUAAAUAUUAACGAAGUUUGACAAAGUUAAUCUAAUCAAUAUGUGUAGAAGUAAGGACUUAUGUAUAGAAAUCGCGUUCGACAAUCGUUGUGUUUAAGGUGCUUGAUUAAAAUAUUUUAUGAGCCAAGUUAUAAACUAUAUGAUUCUGUGAUUCCGUGUUUGUCUGUAUUUUUGUGCAAUGAAAAAUUAGAUGUUGAAUAUAUGAAGCAUAAGACAUGUUGCAAUGAUAUCAGUAUAGGCUCAUGUCCGGUAAAGUUCUCUAUAUUUACUAGACUGGUUAUCUCCCUUAGUUUUUACACUCCGCCAGGGCUGCGCUCUGCUCUGUGUAGUGAACGUAAUGGAGGUAACUGCAUGGGGAGGGUACCAGUCUAUAUCUUAAUUUUACCAGCACCAAUGGCAUUUAUAGGACUAUGACCCUAUAUUAGACAGCGAUGUGUAAUCGAUGAUUGUAUUUUAACAAAAAAACUAUAUAUUUUGUAUAUAUCUUAAAUUAUUGAUAACGAGUUGUAUAGUUUUUAGAAAAUAAGACAUUAACGAGAAAAAACUUCUGAAGUGUCCUCAGAGAGUUAGAUUUAAACGCUUAUAACUGAAUUUUAUCACAGAACAUACAGAUGCUAGUAGAAAGAUUGAAUGUGUUUCCCUCUAAAGGCAAUUCAAUAAUUAUGCAAUGAUAUUUUCUUUAGUUGGAAUUUAUACGCUUGAGCUAAACAUACAGCUUAUCAAACAAAUUAAUAUGUUUGCUGUUUAAAUCAGAAUUUGCAGAUUCUGUAUUUUGUCUGUGAUUUCUACGUCGUGGAAAUAGAACCUUAGUAAUUCAUGCUCAACAAAGUCUCACAUUCCGAGGAGCUCGGGUUAGAAUUUACUACUGCAGUGUUUUGGUAUAUUUUUAUGGAAAGUUUUGAUGUUUAUAUGCGCUUUCAAAUGAAGUCAUUAACACCGACUGAUCAUACGGGUUUUUAACUGAUACAACAUUAGUAUCACAUCAUAAAUACGAUUAUACAUUGUCUUACGUAAUAAGCGGAUUAUCUGGGUACCUGUUUACAUAAUAUCAUAUUUUAACAUGAUUUUAAAUUCUGUUUUUCAAUAACUGAAUCAACUUACACGUUGUCUUUCAUUAUUAAUGAUAUCUGUAACUGUUCAAUAUUAAAAAAAAAAAAAAUGCAUAUAUAUAUAUAUAUAUAUCAAUUUGAUACACAUUUGUCUUCUGUUUUUUUCAAUUAUCGGAUCUUGUUUUACAUUGUCUUCCAUAUCACUGGAUGACAGAUGUUCAUUUCGUUCAAGUGUUUAGAUAGCAUAAUAUAUAUAUCAAUAUAUCUAUGCCUUCAGUUUAUCAUUGAUAAAGCUAAUGCUAUAUGUAUGUGUUGUGACAUGACAGUGUGUAUACAUCUCGUCUACGAAUAAAUCCAUUUGUGAUUUAUUCAGAAUAUUCUGUGUAUGUAAGCCUAAAACGAGAUAUACUGUGAUAUUUGUUGCAGGUUAUGUUAUGAUCCUACUCCUUUCAAUGUUUGUAUUCAUUCUUUUCUAAUAAACUACCAAAUGGCUGAUAACAUUA